AAAGUUUUCACAAAAUACGUGGCUUACGCAUCGUAUUUUCGCGCUAAUUCUAAAUAGUAAUGUACUUCGCCAAAUAGCCGUUAAUUUAACAACACACAAUAUGUUGGCACUGUUGUUGCAAUUGUUUUGUUAUCUUGUCGCAUUCAUAUUGGCCACCGUGUUGUUGAUGGUGUUGGUUUUGUUAUACAAAACAAAACCAUAUCCAAUUAUAACACGACACAAGGAUGAAAAGUUCUAUUUGGAUCCGAAAACGAUAAAAACAAUUGAAUUUCCUAGUUUGGAUGAACCGCCCACCUUGGAGCUGAGCGUCAUUGUGCCGACCUAG